AUGGAAUGAGACUCUGGAGAUCAAAGGGACACGCGUGUCACUGAGUCAAGCCCCCUUAGACCAGCCCUCGCUUCUGAUUGGCGGACAGGAAUUGACCACUCCCCCAUCACCAGCCUCCCUUGCUGAUUGGCUGACAGGAUAGCAAUAAAACACCCAAAAAAUAAACCCACUAAGAACAGAGACGCUUACAGGCAUCUGGACACAGGAGGGGUUUAGACUGAGCUCUUCUUCUGUACCGCUUUGAAUCUUUCAGGAUUAAAGUUCUCCAGUUUGUGUUCAUGAACCUCAGUUGUGGAUUUAAAGACUAAACAGAGAGGUUUGUCUAAGAUACAUUGGAGAUGAUCAGCAGGGCUCUCCUGGUUCUUCUGCUCUUCGGGUCUGUGGAUGGCAGGAGGGUUCGAGGGCACCGGGCUCAGACGCGCCGGCCGGAGACACCCGAGAGUUUUCCUCUGGAUUUCACAGCUGUGGAGGGAAACAUGGACAGUUUCAUGACUCAGGUGAAGAACUUGGCCCAAUCUCUCUAUCCAUGCUCAUCUCAGAAACUGGACCAGGAGAUGAAGCUUCAGUUCUUGGUGAACUCAUCCGUCACCUGUAAUGAUGGUUCACCCGCUGGUUAUUAUAUAAAAGAGUCACGGGGCAGCCGCAGAUGGUUGAUAUUCUUGGAAGGGGGAUGGUACUGCUUCAGCAAACAAACAUGUGACACCAGAUAUGAGACCAUGAGACGUCUAAUGAGCUCCAGUAAAUGGCCCACGACCAGGACAGGUACAGGUAUUCUGUCCCCACAGCCUGAGGAGAACCCACACUGGUGGAAUGCAAACAGAGUGUUUGUACCAUACUGCUCCAGUGAUGUGUGGAGCGGUGCAACAAUGAAUACAGAACAGAAUGAUUAUGUGUUCAUGGGGUCUCUGAUCAUUCAGGAGGUUAUAAAAGAGCUUCUAACUAAAGGACUGGAAAAUGCCAAAGUUCUUCUGCUGGCGGGGAGCAGUGCUGGUGGUACAGGUGUUUUGUUAAAUGUGGACCGUGUAGCAGAGCAGCUGAAGGAUCUGGGUCACAGUUCGGUUCAGGUGCGAGGACUGUCAGACUCAGGCUGGUUUCUGGAUAAUAAACAGUAUCGUAACACUGACUGUAUUGAUACAGUGAGCUGCGCUCCCACAGAAGCCAUUCGGAGAGGAAUCAGAUACUGGGACAGCGUGGUACCAGAACAAUGUCGUCAACUUCAUGAAGGUGAAGAGUGGAAGUGUUUCUUCGGCUAUAAAGUUUAUCCAACUCUGAAGAGGCCGGUGUUUGUGGUCCAGUGGUUAUUUGAUGAAGCUCAGAUGAUGGUUGAUAACAUUCAUCUGACCGGUCAGCCCGUGCAGGAGGGGCAGUGGAGAUACAUCCAAAACUUAGGCACUGAACUCAGAAACACUAUGAAAAACGUCCCGGCUAUGUUUGCCCCAUCAUGUUUGUCCCAUGAGCUCAUCACUAGAAGUUACUGGAUGGACAUCCAGGUGAAGGGGACGUCCCUCCCGCGAGCACUACAAUGCUGGGACCGCAGUCUACAGAGCAGCCUCCGUAACCACGGCAACAGCAGCAGCAGCACUCGAGCUCCGCCCAGGGGCUGUCCCCUGCAUCUGAUUGACAGCUGUCCGUGGCCUCACUGCAACCCCUCGUGCCCCACGAUCAGAGAUCAGAUGACGGGACAGGAGAUGAGCGUCAUUCAGUUUCUCACCCAUCUGGGCUUUGACGUACAGCGCAUGGCACAGCAGCAGGGCCUGGAGCCCAACAAACUACUGGGCAUGCUCAGUAACGGCACCUGAGAUAGAGAGCGAGGGAGAGAAAGAGAGA